AUGGUUAAAGAUUAUGUCCCUGUGGCAUCUCUGUCACUAACUCAUGUAAACUAUAACCCCGAGGACCCUAUCUCGUAUAUCUGCGCCUUUCUUGCUCUUGUCCCACAGGCCCUAAUAAUCUCCUAUGUAUCGCUAUGCUGGGCUACACGCGAAGUGGAAAUCAUCUUCAUGCUUGCUGGCCAGCUUUCUUGCGAAGUCCUAAAUUUCGGAUUGAAGAGAUUGAUUAAACAAGAAAGACCGAACCAGAUGAAUGGAAAGGGAUAUGGGAUGCCUUCAUCUCAUGCCCAAUUCAUGGGAUAUUUCGCUGUUUUCUUCACCCUUUUCCUGCUUGUCCGACACACUCCCUCCGCAUCCAUUCGGUCCGGUUACCUUAGCAUGCUCGAACGUGUCGGUCUAGCCUUACUAGCAUGUGCGGGAGCUCUAGCCGUUGCUCUGAGCCGUAUAUAUUUAAACUACCAUACUCCGCAACAAGUGAUGACUGGAGCUGCUAUCGGAGUCGCUUAUGGAUUGGCUUGGUUUGGAAUUGGAAGCUUCUUGCGGGAGAGCGGCUGGCUAGGGUGGGCCUUGGAUCUGCAACCCGUCAGAUACAUUAGAAUUCGGGACCUUCUUCCCCGGGAAGACCUGGCCGAGGGUGGCUGGCAACGUUGGGAAAGUAUACGACAGCAAUCCAAGCACCCCGCGAAACAACAGAGCAAAACAUCCCAUGUGGAAUGA